UCAUCUAUUAUAUUAUCAUCAUGGAUAAUUCCUUGGACAAGGCAGAGUUUUCUGACAAAGACUCCAAUUCAGUCGAUGAAAGUACUUCUUCACAAGAAAAUUUAUUUUCACAAGAUCCUGAUGAAUUUUUCUUUGAAUCUGACCAUUUAGCUUUGAGAAACAAUAAAGAUUAUCAGAAAUUAUUAAGGGCUUACAUUUUGCUCAGUGCUCAGAAAGAUGAAAUGUUAAAGAAUUAUGAUACACUAAAUGCAGCCCUAACGUUGUCACAAGAAAAACCUGUGGAGUUUGUUAGUUCUUUACGAAGCGGAGAGUUAAAAUUACCUGACAGAAUCACACUGGUUAAUAUUCCACAAAUUGAUCUGCAACAGUACGAGAAUAAAGUUCCUGAGUAUUUAUUAAACAAAGCAAAAAGUAUUUACAACGAUGAUAAACAACAAAGUACAUCUAAUGAAAAAAUCGAUUCUUAUCGCUUGACAGAAAACAGACAUUCUGCAAAAUCUGAUAAAUUGUGGACAGUUGCUGAACAACGCAGAUUGGAAGAAUUAUUAAUUGAAUUUCCUUCAGAAGAAGUUGAAAUGCGUAGAUUUGCAAAAAUAGCAAAAGCUUUAGGUAAUAGGACUACGAAACAAGUGGCAAGUCGAAUACAGAAAUAUUUUAUCAAACUGCAUAAAGCAGGUUUGCCUGUUCCUGGUAGAUUGCCCAGGAUGCGCCCCGGAAAGAGGUCUUUAAAAAAUUCUGUAUUUCAUAAUUCAUUCAGUUUGAUUAAACCUUCGACAUUCUUUCCAACAUUGACAAUACCAAAUGGGUUACAAAGUUUGCACAAUCAGAAUACUCAGAAUGUUAUUGCGCAAGUACCCAAAGAGAUUUCUGAAGUAGAUAAUUACACAGAUGAUGAAGUAACAGAAUCAGACACCAAUUCUGAUGAUUCAACAAAUGAAAACGAUACUAUGACUGUUGAUAAAUAUUCUUUACGUAUUUUGAAAAGGGUUUUAAAAGAUAAACAAAAAGAUGACUCAAGACCUUAUAGUGUACAUGUUAGACACACUUGUGACUUCUGCAAAGAAUCUCCAAUCAUAGGAACUCGUUGGCAUUGCAUGGAUUGUAGAAACCGAUCCAUAGAUUUUUGUUCCGACUGUUUUGUGGCUCAAACUGAAGACUUGGAGAAAGUAACCCAUCCUUUAUCCCAUAACGUUGUUCCUUUCAGAAGCAAAAGUGAUAAUAAAUCUAAAGAUAUAAAGCCUACAAUAAUAAAAGAAGAAACAAUAAAAACUGAUAAUGAUACCGUCACAUUUACUCCAAAAAUAGAAGCUGAUUACUUUGAAUAUUUAACAAAAAAGUUUCAGAACAAGGAAGUCACUUCAGAAACUUUUAUAAAUGAAAUGUUAAGUUUGAAUUUUGGUAAAUGCAAUUUGGUUGUGCAAGAAGACAAAUUAUCAACAGUUAGUGCUCAAGAUUUUUUUAAAGACAAAACAAUAAUGAAUAUUUUCAAACACCCAGAUCUACACAAUAACAUAUUUGUUGAUUGUGAUGAGUCUGUUAAUGUAAAAUUACUAAAAAGUAUUGAUAAGGAUGUUUUAAAUUCAAAUUUGGAUUUGAGUAAACCAAGAGUGAUUUCUGAGCUACUGGAUCAUGAUUAUAGCUUCUCGUGUGAAGAAAUUGAAGUCAAAAAAGAGAAAGUGGACAAAAGUUUUGUAAAUGAUAUUACUCAUGAUGAUAAAAAUGAUUGUGGAGUAAUAAAUGAUGGAGAAGAUUUGUUGCUUUUGAACAAUUAUCAAUUAGUUAAUGAAGAAAUGAUCAAUAUAGGAAGAGAAAAGAAUUAUAAACCAAAAGUGAUUUCUGAGCUGCUGGAUUAUGAUUAUAACUUCUCGUGUGAAGAAAUUGAGGUUAAAAGAGAGAAAGAGGACAAAAGUGUUGAUGAUAAUAUUACUCAUGAUGAUAAAAUUGAUUGUGAAGUAAUAAAUGAUGGAGAUGUGUUGCCUUUGAACAAUAAUCAAAUAAUUAAUGAAGAAAUGAUCAAUAUGGGAAGAGAAGAGCUUGUGUAA